CUGUAGUAUAAAACUUCACGUCUCCGCGCUCUCAGAUUCAGAAGCUUUCUCAGAAGCCUUCGAACGGAUCGACAUUUAAUGAUGCCUUUCAGACUUAGAAUAGCGAGGGAAAAAUAGGUCUCCGUGUGACCUAAAAAUCGUGGGAGGAGUCUAGACGAGUGGUCAAUUUGACGGCGACAUUUUGUGCAGACCGGGUCACAAUCAAGAACUGGCAAAAUGCGUGCGGUGCUGUGUGUUUGUUUAUGUUUGGACAUAGCGAUAUUUACAUGGGGGAAGGAACUGAAAGUUACCUCGAUACUGAGGCCUCCAUUUUUAAUGAAAACUGGGUCCCCCGGUCAGUAUGAGGGAUACACAGUGGACGUGCUGGACGCUCUCGCUGAAGCAAAUAAUUUUACUUACUCCAUUACACCGGAACAAGAUGGCGUCUACGGGGUCAAGGACGACAAAGGGAACUGGAAUGGCAUGAUGGGACAGCUCGUCAGCAAGAAAGCAGAUUUGGCGGCCGCUGACCUGACAGUAACAGACGCCAGGAAGAUGGACGUGAGUUUUACCAGCCCCGUAUUUCACAGCAGUAAUAGGAUCCUGGUGUGGCGGCCCCAGGUUCCUCCACACAACGGCCUGGUUGUCCUGUUUCAACCUUUUAGUGGAGACGUUUGGGUGAUGCUAAUGGUGGUCUGUAUGAUAGUAGGUAUACUAUUGGCCAUCAUUAACCGCUACAGCCCCUCGGAGUGGAGCAAGAUUCCCGAGCCCGAGGACAAAACGAACAGCCGGGACAGCUUCACAGUCAACAACGCACUGUUCUUCGUCCAUACCACCGUAUGCUGGCAGGGUUUUAAAGAAGCCCCAAGGUCACCGGGAGGCCGAUUUCUUACCUCAAUGUGGAUGAGCUUUGUUCUGUUUAUGAUCACUGCCUACAUCGCCAACUUGGCGUCCUUUCUGAUCGCCAGGACGCCAGACAAGCCGAUUCUUCCGUUCAAGACGUUCCAUCAAAUGGAACUACAGUCCGACGUUGCUUAUGGGACGAAAUCUUGGGACAAUUUUCUGCAGCGCAGCAAUGACCCUGUAUUAAAUCGACUGCAUUUCAUCUCAAGAUCUGACCCUGACAAUCUUUUUGAAACAGACGAGGAGGGCUUUGAAAGAGUUAAGUCGUACCAAGGAAAGUUUGCUGCCAUUAUGGAAGGUCACGUGGCAGACUAUUUCGCGGGACGGGACUGUAGCGUCAUGGUGGUCGGGGAGCGGAUCGACCCGACAGAACAAGCUAUAGGUUGUAGUGACGCAACACUAUGUUCUGAGCUGUCAUCAAGCAUGAACAAAGUGCCACUGAAGGAUCUCCGCCAAAAAUGGUGGCCAAACAACUGUAAUUCAGAACCCCUGAGCGAGUUUUUGAAUAAACCGGAAGUUACUUUGUUGACGCCUGCGCGUCCAUUGAAUACUAUUGACUUGUCCAUAGCGUUCAUUUUACUUCUACUUGGUAUUAUCGUUGGAGUCAUCAUGUUACUGGUUGAAGUUUAUCUUGCAAGAAAAAAAGCUAAGAAAGAAGGGCCGAUUAAACUGAAAACUACAAAUGGCGACAAUGCAUUGACAGAAGGAACAGAGGAGGAGAAAGCGCCAAUUGCUGAGGAGUGUUGAAAAAAUUCAUUAACUUCCGGCUAUCGCCAAUCACUUCCGGCUAAACAAUUUAUAGCCAAUUCGGUGAGAGUGCUGAUUUCAAAAGAAACAAAAACACAUCUGUGUUGAAUGUCGUAAACUGUAAACAAAUCCACGGCGAAAAAUAUCUGUACAUGUAUAUAUGAAUAUUAAGAACACAAUGUGUUAAAGUAAUUCCAUUAGAUUGAUAGUGCGUAAAAAUCAUGUUCGAAAUUACAGUGUACAUCUACUUUCCUUUGACGAUAUCAAAUUUAUGGGGGUUUUUUAUUCAAUGAAAUGAAAUUUCAAUCGUUGAAUCAUAUUCAUGUUUCAAACAAGGGUUGUCACUUUCAUCAUAGAUCAACUACUUGUAACUGAAAACAGUUGUGUUUUCAAUUUUAUCUACUUUCAUAACCAUUCGUGCAUUAGCAGACGACAACAUGAGACAGAAAUGCGUCAUUGGGAUAUUUAAUAUUACUUGACGUUUCCUCCAAGGUUGUUGCUAUCUUUGUGGGCUGCAUCAGUAUAACUGAGUACCUGUUGAUUGAGAUUACGCAGACUUUGCUCAAAGCAUUUCAAUACAACGAGACCGAUUAAAACGUUUUGAUUUAGACACGAGUUCGCUCUGAAUGCUCUCUAUCAGUUGAAAAAUGUGAUUUCAACUGUGAAAUUAAUAUAAGGUGCUUAAUUUAAGUUGUAUAGCUAUUUUUUUUUUUCAUAAAGGGUUCGGUUUUGAUAGCCAUAUUUAAUAUCUAACGAAAUUAUUGAUUUCCAACUAAAACGUACGUGUAUAUAUACACUUAUUAUACAGGAUGAACUUAAACAUCGCUGCCAGCUUAAUUAGAAGUAUAAUAAUCAUAUUAAUUAAGGAGGCCGAAUGGUCAAUAAAUUACCAAUCAGAUAUAUCUCAAAAUAUUAGAUAUUAUUCUGGUAUUUCGGUAAAGAAAAAAUUUAUAAAUAUAGUCUUUAAAUGAAUAUUUCCCUUGGCUACAUUUUUCAUUUAAGGAUCUCUUCUCGAUUUGAUCAAUAAAUUCAGUAUACAGUUUUAAUAUGGUCACACUCAUCCAUCAAGCCCCAGCUAUUUUAAAAUCGCCAGAUUUGAAUACGUAGCCCUAAAUAUAAAUACUAGUAUACAGUACAGUUUUCCUUGCACAGUCUUGCCAUCGCCGUUAGGCUAAGAAUCCCCACCCACACCCCACACCCCCGUCAUCCCUGCCCUUUCUUUAGGGUCUUGAUUCCCAAUUCAUUCAUUUACAUUGUCAACAUUCACAAGUUGAAUGGCAUGAUUAUUAGUUUUCUUCAUCAAAACAAAAGGGCAUUAAAAUCGUUAUUAGUGUUA